AUGGCGACAGCUGAAGUCCAACAACCUCAUCCAUUAGGGUUUUCUGUGCAAACACCCAGGUUUCAAACAAUGGGUUUACAUCCCGAAAUGUUAACACGCCUUCAAAUACAGAGUACACCUAAUGUUGGUCCUGGCACAUACGAACUCAUGCCGUAUGGGGAUUUCAGUGAGAGAACGCUGGUCAAAAACAUUCAAGGACCUAAUUGGCAACAAGGAUUGUAUACAGAACAGAUGGCAAAGAUUCCUCUCUCAUCAUUUAAGGAAACAUACGAAAGACGUAAAGAAGAUGAACGCCGUUUGGGUCCCGGUGCUUAUGAUAUUGGUGAUUUCCUUACGGAAGCAGAUCGAAGACCAGUGUGUCAGCGAGGAGCACUCGAUCAAUUAGCUCCUCGCUUCCCAAAAGAACCAUCAGAUAGAGCACCACCACCAGCAACUUAUGGUGUUCCGGAUGAGAAAAUCACGGAAAAAUAUUGGCAACAGGGUAGUACAGUACCAUCAUUUGAAUGGAGACAAGGUCCUCGAUCAUUACCACUUCAAGGAACAAAGAUCGGUCCAGGCACCUACAAUAUCAAAAGUUCUAUUGAUGAAUUAGUCAAAAAACGUGUUAGUGACAAAGGACCUUACCAAGUCUUUACUAUCAAUCGUUCAGCACCGAUCAAAACCGGCCAUUAUUCUCUAUUAGAUACAUGGGAUCUUCAACCAGAUUUUCCAUCGAAAGAAUAUCCAGAAUCGAUUUCGUUAGCCAAACAAAUAGAAAAACGAAAGAAACAUGGACUAUUCAGUAAACUAGAUCGUUUUCAAAAAAAACCAACUGAUCGAAUCUCGAUUGAACAUCCAGGUCUAGAACCCAAAAAUGUCACUUUUCCUGGCCCUGGCGCUUAUGCUACUGUUCGUCCGUGGGAAGAACACGAUUUUCACACGAAGAAAGUUCCAUUCAAUAUGACUGCAUCCCGAAAUGACAAACGUUCAUUCACAAAUGUUGGCAGUCAGAAUUCAGUCGGUGUUGGUCGAUACAAUAUAGCUUCACCAGUUCGGGAUGAAACAAUCGCCGACAGACGCAAACGAUCAAAACGAAAAGGUAUCGGUUUCUGUUCCACAACCCAACGUUUCACAACCGCAAACGGUGAAGCAUUGCUCAACGAACGUUUAAAACCACAAAAUCUUCGUACAGAACAACGAACACAAUUAUAUCUCACCGGUCAUGUCUCAUCUUAA